AUUUCUUACUAUGUAUUUGCACCUUGCUGUGCCAAAAUCAGUUUUAGUCGUUUAUGAAGAGGAAACAGAGUGAUAAUGAUAUGAUGCCCAUCCUUUCAAAAGAGUGACUGUCCACCAAGGUACAUUUGUGUGGGGACUGCUUUUCCUCAGUGGCUAAGCUCAAUCCUUCUCGAGCCCUUUUUUUUUUUUUUUUGACGAUCCAAUUGCAAUUCCCUAACCUAGUGAUCUACCAGUUUAAUCGAGUAUGGGUCGCCGCGCAAAGAAUAAGCAAGGACCUCCAGCUCCUCUUCCUGGAACAAUAGAAAAGAAGGGACCUUCUCGAAGACAACUUUCUAAGACCAGAAAAUUGCAGCGAGCUCAGGAUUCGAAGAAGAGAGCUCCCGAGAGCGAUGAAGAAUCACAACCCCAGCCCAAGAAGGUCAGAGCCGCCGCUAAGGCUCAACCCAAGCAGAAUGGAAAGAAGACUUCAUCUGAUAAGGUCGAAGAUUCUUGGGACAACCUGCCUAUUGCCUCAGACGACGAGGAUGACGAACUUGAUGAUGAUGAAUUCCCCAUGGGCUCUGAUAUGGAUAGCGACGACGACCAGCAAAUUGACGAUGAUGAUGAGGAGAUCGAUGAAGAGGAUGAUGCUCCGGACAAUGAUGGUGUUUUCCCACAAGUCGACAACGAUUUCUUGGCAGGAUCUGAUUCAGAAGCAGAGGAGGAACAAUCUAUCGACGAAGACGAAGAUGAUGAAGACGAAGGAAGCGAUGAGGAUGACAUUGCCGAGUUUGCUGGUCUUGAUGAGCGUAAAUCUCGCAAAUUGGAAGCUCGUAAGGCUCAUGCUUGAAGAUGAGGAAGACCAAGCAGAUAUCAGCCAAAUCAACCAUCGCAUCAAGGAGGUUGUCAACAUCCUUGGUAACUUUAAGGAACUUCGCGACCCCGCCAAAAGCCGUCAAGAUUACUUGGAUCGUUUGUUGAAGGACAUUGCUACAUACUAUGGAUAUUCUGACUUUUUGGCGGAAAAAUUGUUCAAUUUGUUUGCCCCUGCUGAAGCCAUCGAAUUCUUCGAAGCUAACGAAGUCCCUAGACCCGUCACUAUCCGAACCAACACACUUCGUACUCGACGUAGAGAUCUUGCUCAAGCUUUGAUCAACCGUGGUGUUAAUUUGGAACCCAUUGGCAAGUGGACGAAAGUUGGUUUGCAGGUAUUCGAAUCUCAAGUCCCAAUUGGUGCCACCCCCGAGUAUCUUGCAGGCCAUUAUAUGCUGCAAGCAGCAUCCUCAUUCUUGCCUGUUAUGGCUCUGGCUCCUCAAGAACAUGAACGUGUUUUGGAUAUGGCCUCUGCACCAGGUGGCAAGACCACUCAUAUUGCAGCUCUCCUUAAAAAUACUGGUAUGGUGUUUGCCAAUGACUUUAACAAAGAUCGUCUCAAGUCGUUGUCUGCCAACAUCCAUCGCUUGGGUGUUAAGAACGCCGUUGUUUGCAACUAUGAUGGUCGAGAAUUCCCCAAGGUUAUUGGUGGAUUUGACCGUGUUCUACUCGACGCCCCAUGCUCUGGUACCGGUGUCAUUUCCAAAGAUCCUGGUGUUAAAGUGAACAAGACGGAGAAAGACUUUAUAGAUAUCCCACAUUUGCAGAAGCAGCUCGUUCUGUGUGCCAUUGACUCAGUCGACGCAAAUUCAAAGACCGGUGGUUACAUCGUGUACUCUACCUGUUCCGUUACAGUUGAUGAGAACGAGGCUGUUGUUAACUAUGCACUUCGCAAGCGACCUAAUGUCAAACUAGUUUCUACUGGAAUUGAGUUCGGUCGUGAAGGUUUCACCAGAUAUCGUGGCAAGACAUUCCAUCCAUCAUUAGAUUUAACUAGACGAUACUACCCACACAUGCACAAUAUGGAUGGUUUCUACGUUGCCAAGUUUAAGAAAUUCUCCAACAAAAUUCCAAAGCAGACUGGCGAUAAUGUCGAUGAAGAUGAAGAUCAAGACGCCAAUGAAAGUGGUCCUGCUACGUUCAUGGAAGAUGAAGAUAGCACUAUUUUGAAAGAUUCCAUGCGAAAACUGCAAAAGAACCGCAAACAUAAGAAAUGAUUCCACACCAUACUGCCUACCAGUACCUAUUUGCAUUUGUAGAAAUAUCCUUGAGCAUCUCGUUUUUUUCCGCUUCCAUAUUCGUUUGUCCUUUUUCCAUUAUCUGAAAAAGUUUUUUUUAAAAAAAAAGUUUAUACAAUUCUCAAACAAACAUAAUGCCAAUUUAAGUUUUUUCCGUCUGAUUUGCCCGCAUUAAGCCAAAAGCGCUGUCUUUAGCACCGUCACCAGCCAACAAAAGGUGGAGUAGAGGAGAGUGUUUAAUACGCUAAUUACAAAUAAAAG